AUGGAAGUUAUGAUGAAUGCCCUUAAAGGACGAGUAUCCAACGAUCUUAAUGACCUAGUCAACCGAACCGACUCACUGUUCACUGCUUCCGUCAAUUGCUUCCCUCUGCCGCAUAAAUUCCGCAUACCACAUAUGGACAGUUACGAUGGAGUCAAGGAUCCUCUAGAUCACCUGGAGACCUUCAAGACCUUGAUGCACCAUCAAGGAGUUGCAAACGAAAUCAUGUGUAGGGCCUUCCCUACAACGCUAAAGGGUGCUACGAGAAUUUGGUUCAGUAGAUUAACGCCUGGCUCUAUUAGUACUUUCAAGAAGUUGAGCGCUCAGUCCACUUCGCACUUCAUUAGAGGGCACAGAUACAAGAAGUCAAUUGCGUGUCUGAUGAACAUUAAGCAGUGGGAGGAUGAGACACUGAGGUCCUACAUAACUUGUUUAAAAAAGGAGGCCCUCUCAAUUGACGAAGCGAACGACAAGAUACUCGUGGCAGCAUUUACUAAUGGGCUACGAAAGGGUAAGUUCCUGUUUUCUCUAUACAAGAACGAUCCAAAGACCAUGUCGGAAGUGCUUUACAGGGCUACCAAGUAUAUGAACGCAGAAGACGCACUGCUGGCUCGCGAGAAUAAGCCCAGAAAAAGAGAAAGACAGGAGGACACACGACAGGAUAGGGGGCGCAAAGUGGUUAGGACCGGAGAACGACGGAAUGAUAGACGCUCCAAACCCUCCGCUGGGAGAUUCACAAGCUUCACCUCGUUAACUACCCCAAUAGACCAGGUCUUGAUGCAAAUCAAAGACGAAGGAAGCCUGACAUUCCCUAGCAAGUUGAAGGGAGAUCCCAGCAAGAGACCAAGGGAUAAGUACUGCCGCUUCCAUCGAGACCACGAGCACGACACAACUGACUACUACGAUCUAAAACAGCAAAUAGAGGCCCUUAUAAGACAGGGGAAACUACAGAGGUUCAUGAGCAAGGAGAAAGCGGAUCCGCCCCAAGAGAAAACCCUACGACGGGAGAAUGAGUGCCCAAGGCCGCCUAUUGUAGAAAUAAGAAUGAUCAUAGAGGGCACGGCAACCUCUGGAUCAUCCAAAAAAGCCAAGAAGACCUACCUAAGAGUGGUCCAGAACGUCGAGCUCACGGGCACUGUACCCAAGAUGACACAGAUUGACAACCCCGUCAUCGGAUUUUCAGAAGAAGAUGCUCGAAGGCUGCACCACCCACAUGAUGACGUGCUUGUCGUCAGCCUAAGGGUAGGAGACUACAACAUGCACCGGGUUUUGGUCGACAACGGCAGUUCGACAGACAUCUUGUAUUACCUGGCUUUUCAUCAGAUGAGAAUUGACAGAGAACAGUUGGUCCCGGUUAAUGCCCCUCUAGUUGGUUUCAGAGGGAUGAGAGUGUUCCCCAUCGGUGCCGUCACAUUGACAUUAACGGUGGGAGAUUACCCCUAG